UGGUUUAACUCAUCCAUAGCAGAUUUGAUGAAUAUGUGGUUUAGAGGCUUUUAUUCUAUUAUAUACAAGAUGCAUAAGGACCACUAUAAUUUCUUCUUAGAUGAGAUGAUUAGACAACAGAACUCUAUAAUUAUUAAUAGUCUUUAUUUUUGUGGUGUCAUAUGUUAUAAGAUCCCCUAUUCAUACUUACUUGCAUAG